AUGUCUGAUGUUGCGGUGUGUGUAAGUAAGAUAGUGGGAGAAUCAAAAGGACCCUCUAUUGUGCAAGAGGCGAUGCGACUGGACUUGUCGGCGGAGUUCAUGAAUGGUAUUGGUGCUGACGUUCUUGUAUAUCUCCUCCAGGCCACAAGCAUCAGCAGCAAUGUGCUGGAUCACCUGUUUGUCCAGAUAGUCGAACCAGAUUUCUUCUGGUCGGCGUUUAGUCAUGCUUUUGCUCGUGGAGAGCUACUCGAAAAAGCUCAACGUGCCUUUGCUAGCCUCCUCCUCCGGCUGUUGAACCUCUCCAACCAUGACACAGCACCCUAUCUCGAACUAGCUGGCAGGCCAAAUGUGCUCCCACAACUCACAGGUUCUGCAAACUUGGAAGUCCGGCUUAUUGGAGAGAAGAUUAAGCACAUCCUUUCGAUGUAUGGCUCCUCAGCCCCUCCCUCGGCUGCCAAUGGCCCAGCCGACGAAAUUAGAUCCGAACAGCUACCAUUCUUGUGCCGUAGCUCGGAGUUAGAAGAUGAAUCUGGAGAAAGCACUCAUACCGCAGAUUAUCUCGACAACACAUUUCGCCUGCUUUGCAAAGACAUGAUAGCAGAGAUGAGAGAAGAACUUCAAGCGUUAGAAGGAAAGAACGUCAAGCACCACCGUGCUAACCUUAUAGAUGGUAUUAUACUCAAAGGCGUUUACCAUGGUGCUGAUGAUCGGAAGAUGCUGUGGGGAAUAACAUUGGAGUGUGUUGACGACCUGCCAUCUCUGAAGCACAUCCCCCUGAAGGACAGGAAAGCAUACCUCACAGAUGAUCACAGUGGCUCCAAGGUCCUUCGUCACCAAUCACUUGUCUGUGUGGUGGCUGAUAACGAAGUUGUCGGCUUUGGCACUGUGAACCGAGUGGAGGAUCUCUUGAUCCGCAGCCCUCCUAUCAUCGUUAUUCAACUAGACGGGCGGGCGAGUACAAGUAGAACCAUCCUCCGGCUCCGCAAUGCCAAAGACACGAAGCUCCUCCAGAUUGACACUGCUCUCUUUGCUUUUGAGCCGGUGCUCAAGGCAUUGCAGAAGACGCAGCACAUCCCAGUAUCGGAUGAACUGCUGUUCUGGAAGCGUGGUGUUACUCUGCAGAAUCCCCCGCAGAUGGCUGAUGGCGUUAUCACAGCUAUUGAAGCCAACCGUUCUGGGAACUUGCAACACUUGCUUCAGACCCCCAACCCUAUACAAUUAGAUCGCUCCCAAGCUUUGUCGAUUCUUUCUGGCCUGACUCAGAGGGUGUCUUUGAUACAGGGUCCUCCAGGGACCGGAAAGUCAUUUGUGGGCGCCCUCUUAGCAAAAGCUCUACACGACUUCACCAAUCAGACAAUUCUUGUUGUUUGUUAUACCAACCAUGCCCUGGACCAGUUUUUAGAUGAUCUUCUCAAAAUCAGCAUUCCUGAUGACCAUAUGGUUCGACUCGGAGGUAGAGCUAAACCGCAGCUUGCGCAUCUCAACCUCUUCAGUCCUGGCCAGAGAAUGUCCCAGCCCCCGCGGACUAAGGCGGAUUGGACCAUGAUCGACGAAUUCAAGGCCAGACUUAAAUAUCUAUGCAGUCGCCUUGACAACUCUGUUGCAGAGUUCAUGGCAAAUAGGAUUCGUUAUGAGGAUAUCUUGAUGCAUAUCGAGUUCGAGGAUGAGUCUUAUUUUGAAGCUUUUCGCGUUCCCAAGUCAGAUGACGGCAUGGCCACUGUAGGCCGCAGAGGUCGGGAGGUUGACCCAACGUAUCUCAUCGUGCUAUGGGAAAGAGGCCGUGAUGCAGGUAUCUUCAAAUAUGCGGCUCAUCUGCAUAUGGAAGAAUCGAGUCGCAUUUGGACUACUCCCUUGUCUGCCCGUAAGAAGUUGUUGACGAAAUGGACAAAUGACCUCCAGAAGCAGAUGGUAGAUGAUAUUGGCGCCGUUGGCCGAGACUACAAUAAUUGUCAAAUAGAUCUCACCCGGAAGUUUGGCGAGUCGUUGAUCGCAACGCUCAAGGCGAAAAGGAUCAUUGCAUGUACAACGACAGGUGCCGCGAAAUUCACUGAGGAUCUCCGGACUGCUGCUCCUGAUGUUGUCCUUGUGGAGGAGGCUGGAGAGAUUUUGGAGAGCCAUAUACUAACUGCUCUUGGCGAAAACACAAAUCAACUGAUCCUUAUUGGAGACCACAAGCAAUUGAGACCAAAAGUCAAUAGCUAUGCCCUCCAGGUCAAGAGUGACCAAGGAUAUGACUUAAACAGGUCGCUUUUCGAGCGCCUUGUUCUAAAAGGAUUCCCUCACGCUACUCUCACCGAGCAACAUCGUAUGCGGCCUGAAAUCUCCGCACUUGUUCAUGAGCUCACAUACCCCGAACUCACUGAUGCCGCUAGCACCCGUGGCAGAGCCGAUAUUCGUGGGAUCCAAGAUAAUAUCAUUUUCGUCAACCAUGCUCACCCUGAGGACAACGAGGGCAGAAUUAGUGAUCGCAGCGAUCUUGGUUCUACAACUUCAAAACAAAACUCUUAUGAAGCUGGCAUGGUUCUGAAGAUUGUCCGGUACCUUGCUCAACAAGGUUACGGGACAGAUAAUAUCGUCAUCCUGAUGCCUUAUCUUGGGCAGCUCUCCAAACUUCGGGAAUAUCUCAAGGCAGACAAUGACCCGGUGUUGAACGACCUCGACUCUUAUGACUUGGUUCGUGCGGGACUACUCUCUCCUGACGCUGCAAAGGCAUCCAAAAGGAAGAUAAGACUUGCUACCAUAGACAAUUACCAGGGUGAGGAAAGUGAUAUUGUGGUUGCUAGCUUGACACGAUCGAAUCCUGAUGGUGCUAUCGGCUUCAUGAAGUCCCCUGAAUGUUUGAACGUCCUCUUGUCUCGGGCCUGUGAUGGUCUUAUUCUCAUUGGCAAUAUGGCCACGUUCAAGAGCAAAUCCACCAUGUGGAGUGGUCUCUUCAAUCAUCUCAGACAGGCAGCACACAUCUAUGAAGGGUUCCCCAUUAAAUGCGAGCGCCAUCCUACGCGGAAGGCCAUUCUGCGAGAUGCUAAUGAUUUCGAUGAUCGAUGUCCAGAUGGAGGUUGUUCAGAGCCUUGUGGUGCAAUGCUCGGUUGCAACGUGCACCCUUGUCCUUCAAAGUGCCACCAACUUUCUGAUCACUCCAAAGUACUUUGCCAACAGGUGUUAUUUGGCAAGUGUGGGGCAGGCGUCCACAAAAUUUCAUGGAAGUGUCAUCAAGGGCCUCGCACAAAAUGCACUCCAUGCGAGAAGGAUGCAGAGCGCACUGAAAAGCAAUUACUACGCGACGCAGAAGUCCAGCAAAAACGUGAUGCUGAGCAAGCCAGCUUCAACACUAAAAUGGCUGAAAUGGAUGCGAGACUUAAAGCUGAGGUCGAAGUUAUUGCAGAUGCCAAUACCGUGAAGCAGAGAGAGGCUAUGCUUAAGCAGAAGGAACGAGAGAUUGAAGAGGCAAAAAUUCGUGCGCAGAAAAUAGCAGGUUCCUCAAAGGAUGGUAGUGCAAACCCAUCCGAACCAACAACUUCUCCCUCACAGCAAUCCUCCGGUUCUUCGUCUACUCCUUCGCAACCUUCCGGUAGCCAAAAAAACUCUGCCGCUCGCGACGACUGGGAGUCACAGAAGAAGCUCUUAGGCGAGCAAAACGACGCGAUUGAUAGUAUUAUGGUGAUGACUGGACUGGAAGGAGUGAAGUCGCAAGUUCUACAAACCAAAGAGAAGCUAGACUUGAUGAAACGCCAGGGAAUACCGGCAAACAAAGAGUGUCUGAAUCUUGCACUCUUGGGAAACCCAGGGACAGGAAAGACAACGGUCGCAAGGCUAUAUGCCCAGUUUCUUGAAUCGAUACAAGUACUUCCAGGAAACGCUUUUAAGGAAACUACGGGAGCAAGUCUGGCACAUGAUGGCGUCGGUGGCGCAAAGAAGCUUAUCGAGGACGUUAUGAAAGUUGGCGGCGGUGCCAUAUUCAUCGACGAGGCCUAUCAGCUGGUUAGUGCACAGGGUGGGUCAGGUACCAAUGUUCUUGACUUCCUGCUAGCGGAGAUGGAGAACCGCGUUGGAAGCCUAGUUUUCAUCCUUGCUGGGUACAGCCGUCAAAUGGAGAAAUUCUUCAAUCAUAAUCAAGGUCUUCCAAGUCGUGUCCCGCAUAGAUUCACCUUCGAGGACUACACCGACGAAGAGCUCCUUGAUAUGUUCGCUGAUCUGGUGGAGAAACAGUUUAGAGGCCAGAUGAAGAUACGUCAGCGACAGGCCGCAAGGGUAGGCAAAGAGUGCAAGAACGGAUCAUCGCCAGACAAUUUCUUGCUCGUUAAGGAAGAUCUUAUUGGCCCUAAUCCAGAUUCCAUUCUUCCGCAGUGCCCUUCAUGGAUAAAGUUGCAAAAGCUCACUGGUCUUGGAUCCGUAAAGCAAUCUGUCAGCAACCUCUUCAACCUCAUUCGGGCGAACUAUCAUUGCAAGUUGGCAGAAAAGCAGCCUCUCGAUAUGGCCCUUAACCGGGUUUUCCUGGGCUCCCCGGGCACUGGCAAGACCACUGUCGCCAAACUCUAUGGUCAAGCACUGGCGGACCUAGGGCUUCUCAGUAAUGGGGAAGUUGUGGUGAAGAACCCUUCAGAUUUUGUCGGGCAACAUCUCAGGCAAUCCGAACAGAACACUAAGGCGAUCUUGGAGAGUACUGUCGGGAAGGUCUUGGUCAUUGACGAGGCAUACAUGCUGCAUAGUAAGAAUGGUGGUACCCAGGAUCCCUAUAAGACCGGCGUCAUUGACACCAUGGUUGCGGAGAUACAGAACGUACCAGGGGAUGAUCGUUGUGUCUUGUUAUUGGGAUACAAGGAGCAAAUGGAAGACAUGUUUAAGGCAGACUUCACUGAGCCUCAACUACAGGAAAUCUUUGAACGCAAGCUAAAUGAUCAAGACCUCAGUGCAACAGAGAAAGCUAAGCAAGUAGCGCUUGGUCUUUUGAGCCGAAGAAAGAACCGCCCGAACUUUGGGAAUGGAGGGGAAGUAGAAAACAUGCUGACUUUUGCAAAAGAUCGAUAUCUAAAGCGGCAGGCAUCACAACCUUCCCAUCUGUCUCAGGACAUCAUCUUCGAGCCGGAAGACUUCAAUCCUAAUUGGGACCGUGAUCAACAUGCUGCAGCAAACUUGGCUCAGUUGUUCGAAGAUAUGGUUGGAUGUGAAGCUGUUAUUCAGAAGCUGGGAGAUUACCAGAGCAUGGCGCAAGGGAUGAAAGCAUCAGGACUGGAAAUGCGCAAGCAAAUCCCUACCAGUUUCAUCUUCAAGGGACCACCUGGAACCGGAAAGACGACCAUCGCAAGGAAAUUUGGUCAAGUCUAUUAUGACAUGGGCUUCCUCACAUCCAUAGAACUGGUUGAGUGUUCUGCAUCGGAUCUCGUUGGCGAGUACGUUGGCCAAACAGGUCCAAAGACGAAGAAACUUUUUGAGAAGGCCAUCGGCAAAGUUCUCUUUGUGGACGAGGCAUAUCGACUCAGCCAAGGUCAUUUUGCGCAGGAAGCCAUUGACGAAGUCGUAGGACUGAUGACCAACGAGAAGUUCAUGGGUAAGAUGGUCAUCAUCCUGGCAGGAUAUGAGAAGGAGAUGAACCAGCUUUUGGGUGCAAACCCUGGGCUUUCCAGUCGGUUUUCCGAGGAGUUCAUUCUGCCUAAUAUGUCAUCAACCCGAUGCCUCGAGCUGCUUGACAAGGAACUGCGCGGGUUAAAGGUUGUCGUCCAAGGGCUGUCUGAUCCAUCGUCAUCACUAUACGAGGAGAUGCUAAGCAUCAUCGCUGAUAUGGCGAGCCUCGAGAACUGGGGCAAUGCACGUGACAUAAAAUCUAUUGCGAAACGGUUAGCUCGCCCUGCGUUCAUCUCGGCUGGGAAAACUCCAGGGAGUUCACUGGUCGUUACAUCAGAAGACGCAUUGAAUAUCAUGAGAAGUCAACUCUCUGAGCAACGAGAACGUGUCAACUUGCCAAGCAAGACAGUGUCAUCAUCCCCCAGUGUCCCACAGAUGGCUAUGUCAAGAAACAUCGCUCCUCCUCCUUCAACCUCUCAGAGUGUGUCUACCUCAGCUCCUCCAAAGCCCCCUGCUCCCAAGUCAUCUCGUAAACGAACACAGCAGCAACCUAAACCUCCCUUCGGUGGGACACCUCCGCCAGACACCACAGUUUCAUCUCAGAAAGGGAAGAGGUUACUCAAACAAAGUUUAUUGCUUGCCCAGACAAACGACCAGGCGCAACGGGACCCCAGUGUAGAUGAUGCCACUUGGACAAGGCUGCAGGCGGAUAAAGCAGCUGCGGAAGCAGCCGAAAAGGAUGCCGCUGAGGAGUUGCGAAAGCAUGAUAUUGCGAAGCAGAAUGCUUUGAACGAGCUGCGAGCUGCGGAAGCUGCUGCACGGAAACUCGCACAGAAAAUUGCGAAUGAUAACGCCGCCAACGAGCAGCUCAUGCGCCAACGAGAGGCCGCUCGCAUCCAAGAGCUAGAGGCUAAAGCCACUCGAGAUAGAGCCUUGGCUGCGCUGAAGAAGAAGCAGCAAGAGGAGGAGAGGAGGAGGCACGAGGAGGUUCGAGUACAGCAAAAGUUGCGGCAAAUGGGUGUGUGUGUUGCAGGCUUUAACUGGAUCAAGCAGUCGCAAGGUUAUCGAUGUGCUGGUGGUAGCCAUUUCAUUUCGAAUGACCAGCUGGGUAUCUAG